UUCCUCACUACACAGUUUCAUCUGUCGGAGUAAGCAGUGAUUAUAAAAGAAGAGAACAUAUAUUGAAUUAUUUCAAUCAGGGAAUACGAAAAAUAUGGGAGAAAGAACGAAGAAGGAUCGUGAUAAAGUUGAAAAUAUGGCACCUACAAAACAGACUGUGCACAAGAAGACAACAGAAAGAAUCGGAUCAAGAAGCCAGAAAUUGGAGAUAGAGUAUGAGACAGUGGAAUACGUAAACAGAACAGGGAAUGAAUUGCUUGCCAAUUGGCAGUGUUUAAUACAAGAAAAAGAGGAAGCAAUCCAUGCAACCUCCAACAAACUACAAAACAUGCAACCUAGCAAACUUUCCGAGAAUAGGCUGAGGCAAGAAAUAGAGCAAUACAUCGAUUUUAUAGAGGCAGACAGACAUGUCAUGAAGCGAUGCAUGCACAAUUUACAAAUCUCCAUGAAAGAAAGGCUUCAUUACUUAAGGACACAGAAACAGUUUUUUCUUGAUAAACAUAAAACUCUGAAAAAUGUUUACAAAACAAUUGAAAGGAGCAACCGCUCAAAAAUUCCAAAUCCUUUUUCAAGAUUCAUUUUUCACGUCAAACGCGAACAUAACCAACUGUUCAACGAGGAACUUCUGAUUUCAUCAAAUGGUAGCUUAAACAAGUAUAAAAGAAAAAUGACCGAAGCCAAUGCUGUCACUAUUAAUGACAUCACGUUAUAUAUUGGGAGAACUGGUAGAACACGUGUGAUGACACCAAUCCAUGAAAAUAUGCUAGAAUCCAACAAGUGCAUUACAGGUGAGUGUGUUGACUCUUGCUGCACGUUGCGUAGGUCCGAGUCAGAACUGAGUUUCCUGAAUCAUGAACUUGAAGUUGAGUAUAAUAUGUUUGAACUAUCAAUGGAAAGCAAGGAAACUGAAAAUUAUUCUAGAAAGGAGGAGACACAAAGGAACGAGCUCCAAAAGCAUGAUAAGAGAUCGAAAAUUUCUCUUCCAGUAAAACUGCCACAAUUGCUAGGUAAAGAGAAAAUGAAAUACGAGGAAAAGUAUUCCUCUGCUCCAGUAAAACUACCACUACUGCUACCGAACAAGAAGCUUAAAUACGUGGAAGGUUCAUACUCAGAGACUCUAAAACGACAACCAUUGUUACCUAACAAGAAGAUGAUAUACACGAAAGAACUACCUAAAACUACUCUUAAACUACCACCAGUGUUACCUGACAAAGAGCAAACAUGCAUGCAAGAACACCCCUGCACUAAUCGCCCUGGUACUCACAAACUGCUUCCACCAUUGCAGCACUUGCCACAAAACGUCAAAAAGACAUUUAUUGUUAACAAGAUCAGAGAUGAAAAGAAAGACAAAAGUAAAAAUAUGUCAACAGAAUCAAUGUCUAAACCAUCACCACAGCAACCAUUGACAACAGCUUCCAAUGAAGUUUUUGAUAUGAGCAUAGAAUUAGGUUCUACAAAGCCAAAAUGGAAAAAUCAGUAUAGAACUUUUAGGCUGCAAAAGACAUCUCGUAAAAUUAACUACGCUAGUAAUAGAAAGUACCGAUUUUCAAGGCUGCAUCUUUCAUCUGAUAAAAAAUGCUAUAUCCCUAAAAGCAAAAAUGAUAAUGAAAAGAAAGAGCAAAGUGAAGUUAUUCCAACGCAAUCAACGUCUAUAUCAGCUCCACAGAAAAUUGCUGAGACAACAACAAACGGUGGAGCUUUAGAUAUAAACUCAGAACUCGCUUUGAAAAGGGUAAACUGGGAGAAUAAGUUUCCAACUUUUAGGCUGCAAAAGACAUCUAGUAAAGAUCGCUACAUCUCUGAGAGAAAGUACCGGUUUUCUAGGCUACAUAAGGCAUCUGAUAAAAGUUGCUAUAUACCUAAAAGCAAAAGUGAAAAAGUAUGCAAAAUCGUUUCUGAAAAAUAUUGUGCAAGAGGAACACAAAAAAGGAAUGCCAGAAAGCAAACAUAUAUAGAAAACCUGGACAGCUACCCAGCACCAGAUCAAAUUGAUACCUGGUCUCUAAAUUUGAAAAAGAAGAGUAAUGAAAAGAAAGAUAAAAGUAAAGUUGUGAAAUCAAUGCCUUUGUCAUCACCAGAGCAGACUGAUGAGACAGAAGCUUCCAAUAAAAUGUCAAAACCAGAACCAGAGCAGAUUUUUGAGAACAUCAGAGAGCAGACAGAAAGAGAAAAAUCGGUCAAUAACUUAGCACAAGACCAAUAUCAUAGUAUGAUGGAUAUUGCAAUGGGUGAUGAAUAUCCAACUGAAGACAUCUUUGACAAACUGGAUGAUAAAGAACUGAUAGGGUUUUAUCAGGUACAAGAAAAAGACCUGUUUCCUAUCAUUGAAAAAAUGAGUUACAGCAAAGCGAUAGAAGUAUUUAAGAAACUGCAUGAUAAGCAUAUUGCAGUCAUUCAAAGCAUAAGUGAUACCUUAGAUGACAUUCAAAGCUCGAGCUCAGAAAGUACAAUAGGUGAUUUUCAAGGUGUAGGAGAAAAUGGUGGUACAUUGAAAUCAGCAAUGAAAACAUUUGUGAAAAAACUUAUUCCAGAUUGCAUAAUGAACAGUAACCAAAGUCAACCGACAGAAACUCUGUCUUCAAAUUGGCAAAUUAUAAAAGUCCUUUAUGGAACGAAUAUCAAGACACAAGAUAUUCCUAUGUCACCCGCACAAUUUAUUCCUAUGCCACCAAAUACACCAAAACCAAAAACAUCAAACGCCAGACGUAAACGAUAUCGCAGAAAAAUAGAUGAAAAUAACAAUCCACCAGACUCCCAAAACGAAACAACAUUCUGAUUGUUUGAUAAAAAUACGCUCCAUGUUUUCAAAUGAAGAUCUUUGGUGCAUACCUCCAGAUAUAAUUGAUGUAGCAGGAAAAAUGUUGAAGAUAAUUAAAAAAAAUCUAAUUGUAUGACACAUGCAUGUUUCAUAUUUCUAAAAGACGAUCUUUGGUGCAUGUAUGUUUAAUUUAUUUUUAAAACAGUUUGGUAUACUCAAGUGAUUUUUUUAAAGUAAUUAUAUCUUGGCUGGUGAUGUACAUGUACAAUGUUCCUAGUCUGUUUUAGCAGCAAUGACUGAAGAGGCUGUACCAUAGUUCAAGGACCAAAUUACAGUGGGGAAAAUACAACAGAUUGAAUAUAUUCAAUCUGCUGUUUUAUACUGGAUAUUUAAUUUUAUACAUAUACAAUG